UGCCAGCGCCCCCGGGAGGCGCGUGGGAACUACGCUUCCCGGCGUUCCUGGCGGCGGAAGCCUCGGCUACGGAGGCCGGCGAGGGACGCGGGUGGGUGGCUCCGCUUGGGCGCACCAUGGGCCUGCUGCUGGGGUCGCUGCAGGCGAGGGCGCGUCGCUGCACGGGGCCGGCCCUCCUGUGGAGAGAGGGGGUGGCGGGCGGCAGCGCCCGGGCCUGCAGCUCCACGCCUGCCUGGGACGGCCUCGAGGGCCCGGCGCGCCGGCGCUCCUACUGGCGCUACCUGCGGCGUCUGGUGCAGGGAGCGCCUGAGCCGCCCUACUCGCGUGUGUGCCAGGUCGGGGACCCGGCGCUGCGGGCCGUGGCAGCCCCGGUAGAGCCGGCACAGCUGGCGGGGCCGGAGCUGCAGCGGCUGGUGCAGCGGCUGGUACAGGUGAUGCGGCGCCAGCGCUGCGUGGGCCUGAGCGCGCCGCAGCUGGGGGUGCCGCUGCAGGUGCUGGCCCUGGAGUUCCCCGAGGCGCUGUGCCGCGCCUGCGCGCCGCGCCUGCGCGAGGCCCGGCAGAUGGAGCCCUUCCCCCUGCGCGUGUUCGUGAACCCCAGCCUGCGGGUGCUGGACAGCCGCCUGGUUACUUUCCCCGAGGGCUGCGAGAGCGUCGCCGGCUUCCUGGCCUACGUGCCCCGCUUCCAGGCCGUGCAGAUCUCAGGGUUGGAUCCUAGAGGAGAGCAGGUGGUGUGGCAGGCGAGUGGGUGGGCAGCCCGCAUCAUCCAGCAUGAAAUGGACCACUUGCAGGGCUGCCUGUUCAUUGACAAAAUGGACAGCAGGACAUUUACAAACAUCCACUGGAUGGAAGUGAAUGACUAAAGCUUUCCUGCUACAUCUGAGGAUUCUGAAAACCAAGACAAAAACAUUUCAGCUGGGCAUGUCUGACUUGGGAUCGACUUGGUAUUGGCUUGGCUCUAACAGAAAACAAUAAACUUCCAAAGCAUGGCAAACUGAGAUGGAGGAAGAUGUUUAAAGUGUUUGCCCUGAAAUGAACUAUGAACAAAAAAUAGUGCCUUCAACUUGAGAAGAAAAAUAACUUCCCUAAAGGAGUGAACAUUUCCUGGCAAUUUUGUAUGGAGAUAAGUGAGGCAAAUAAAUAGCCAUUCUCAGUAGA